GUCUGUGGUUUCUGUGCAGACUCUGUUACCUUAUGUCCGGCACAUUCGAGCGCAUUGUGAUCCUGCUCCUGCUAGCGACGCAGCUCGUUCUGGGGGAGCUGCAGACCAGAACUGCCCUUCCAGACGAAGACCGUUUGUUCUACCAGAGAAAUUCGUUUCGCAAACCGUUUUAUUCAUCUCCCUCAUUUUGGAUCCUAGGAGGCAACGCGAUUGUUCAAAUCGGGGGGAUUUUCCUCGCUCCAAACGCCCAGAACGAAGGGUGGAUUUGGAAUUCUGUUCCGGUGUUGGCACCGAACUGGCUGGCGCUACUCGACAUCAGCAUCGACACGAGCGUGUCGGCGGGGAGCGAAUUUGUGUUUUGGUACAUUUCCAAUCCGCAAGUUCAGUUUGGGAUGGGCGGGUCGCAAAAUGUGUGGAAGGGAUUAGGUAUUUUCAUGAACCCGUGCGAGGGGCAGCACACGCUCUGCAUUCGAGCGAGCGUGAAUAAGGAGGACAGCAUGUACCAAGAAUUCGGCAGCUCGGAAAGCGUAGGCUUUUGCAAGUUGUCGGCGUCAGACGGAGGUCUGCGCUUUCGCGUGUCGUACGCAGGGAACAGGUUGCUAGUCGAUUAUAUGCAAGAAGGUACGGCGCUAUGGAACGCGUGCCUUAACCAUGCCACGGAGUUGGAUUCGGGCAUGCAUUUGGCCCUUUCAGCGAGGUCUGGCGUGGAAGGCGGUGGCUACUACGUAAAGUCAAUAGAGGUGCAAAAAAUUCAGAUUGGAGACGAAAACAACAGCGACUCGACUGCUCAGAUGGCGACUAACAGGGAGUACAGAUCGACAGAGAUGAGCAUGGCGGAAGAAGACGACGCGCCGAUAAACACCACAACAUUUAGAAGAGCAGGAUCGAAUACGCACUCAUCUCCCUCGCUUGUUCCCAAUUUGACAGAAAUCACGAGCUAUUUUGAGAAGGUUUAUCAAGGUAUCUUUGGGAUAGACAAUGGCUUAAAUAAAGUCAUGUCAAAGUUAAUGAAUCAUUCGUCUUCCUUUGAAUUGUUUGCUCAAGAAGUUUAUCAGCAUGGAGGCACGAUUAAGGAGAACAUUCAGCGAAUCCACACGACUACCAUGUCCAUCAUCAACGGCAUGGCGGCGAACAUGGAAAGGGUUUCCAACGCGCAUGAGCAACUGAGGUUCGAACUUAAAACCGAAAUUUCUGCAAUAGUCAUGUCCGCCAACCAAAUGAGCGAGAAGCUGGAUAAGUUGUCCAAGCAUAACGCUCAUGGCCGCAUCACGAGCAUGCUUCUUUAUGUGAUUGUUCUUCAAUCUGUCUUUAUUUUUGUCCUCAUUUGGAUGACUCAAAUGAGGCCCGGAAAGGUGAAAUGUGUGUAGAAGAUAUCGCUUUUAUCCAUUUCAAGCCGUUACAUUUUUUUUUUUUUGUGUGUUGUGUUGUGGCACGUCGGCGCCCGCGCUUUCAAAGGCUUUUUUAUCUAGGGCGGGGGUUAGGUCGAUUUUUCUCUUUCUAUGACUUCGUCUGCGAAUUCUAUUAAGAUGACCAGUUUUUGCACUCUUUUUUUAAGAACUGAGGCGUUGGGUGCUGUGACCUUUGCUUUGAAUCCGGACACAUCCAGAAUGCCUUCUACGAUUCCCGCGAGGAAAAAGUUGCUAUUGGGGUGCCACUUUGGCGCCGAGAUGAAUUUGGUGAUCAGCGACUCGUUUUCCAAAAUCAUGUACUGUUUUUCGUUGCUCUUUUCAAGAGUUGCUUCUCGGUUGAAAAGAAACGUCCAGACGUUGUUGACGAUGAAAAACAGCAUUUGGAGAAGUUUGGUUUCUCUUUUGGUGAAGUUUUCACGCCAGGUGAUAUACUCCAACAGUCGUAUUCCAAUACGGUAUCCCAU